AUGGCAUUACCGCGAUGGCCAAAUUAUUUCAUUCUCUUCUGUCUGAUUUCACUUGUUCAAGCUUACACGGUAUUCGAAACAAAUUGCUCCGCUCCUACCACUCUAUCAAAUUACGUAUCGUCUCCAAACACUCGCGGGACUCUUGACAUACUAUGGAGCUCCGUUUUCACAAUCUUCGCUUGCACUUGGAGCGUCCAGCAUCCUAAUGUUCCCAAACAACAAGAUGCUGAUAACCAGACAUCAAAGAGAUGGUGGAGAAGCGACAAAUGGGUGCUGCGAAGUUUCUACAGAAGCACGCUGCGGAUGCUGUGGACUGUCAUUGCUCCCGAACUGAUAAUUGUUGCGGCGUGUGAUGAACUUCUAGAGGCACGGAAGAAUUAUAAGAAAAUGCAGGAGUUCGCCUCAGAAGACGGACUUACUUGGAGUUUAACGCAUAGCUAUUAUGCAAACAUGGGGGGGUUUGUCGUACGAAACCCAUUGGCAGACAAGGAGAUAUAUCAUGAUCCAUACCAUCUGAUUGGUGAAGAAAUCUUUGACCUUCGAAAACGAGGACAUAUUACAAAGUUGCCUGCCAUGACGGAAGCAGAAAUCAAGGACAAAUCCAAAGGCGAUAUGCUUGGAAAAAUGAUUGCACUCGGCCAGAUUACGUGGUCCACAAUUCAAAUCAUCGUACGGGUUGCGAGAAGGCUUCCUGUUUCGCCUCUCGAGGUAGCCGUUGUGGCUUUUGCUGUCUGCGCAGUCCUCAUAUACGUUCUCUAUUGGAACAAGCCGCAGCGCGUCGGCGUCACCCAAACCAUCCAGAUAAAUGACAUUCACGCGCUGUAUAACAAAGCCAAAUUAGAGGCGAGUCCCAGGUUUUUCAAGGGUCUGUUUCAGGGCAUGAAAUCGGCUUUUGGGACCUCAUUCGAAGAACCCCUACGUGGUGCGCCUAUUAGCGUGGAUAGUAUAGACAACAGCGACGACGGCGUUUUAUUUAUUGCGUCUGCCAGUGCCGCGCUGUUUGGUGGGAUCCAUGCUUUGGCGUGGAACUUUGCCUUUCCAUCGAGAAUAGAACUGUUAUUCUGGAGAUGUGCAAGCAUCUAUUCGGCUGCGGCUCCAGCUUGCAGCGUGCUAUUCAUAUUACUCUCCAACGCGCUUCCUAGUUCCAAUAGCCUGGCUCAUAACACUCCCUUCAUUCUCGCUAUGUUCCUUCUUGUCCUUUACCCCAUUCCGAGGCUUUUUAUUAUUGUCGAGAUGUUUCGGACAAUUUACUUUCUCCCUCCUGCUUCAUUUAUUUUCUACUUGGCCAGCUAA